GAGAAGGAGGUGGUGUGUGCUUGUUUAGGUAGUUCGAAGGAGAGGGACUGUGGAUCUGCGAAGCGCUUCCAUCCGAUGUGAAUGCAGUGUCCCCUGUGGGAUGCAGUAGGUGAUGCCCAGCUCUACUGCAAUGGCAAUUGGAGCUCUCUCUAGUUCUCUUCUCGUAACCUGCUGCCUCAUGGUUGCCCUCUGUAGCUCCACCAUACCUGUACAAAAACUGGCCAAGGCUCAAGACAAACAGGAGAUAAAGGCGAGCCAGGAAAAGAGGGAUCACACAUCUACAAGGGACAGCCAGACAGGCCCGGGGAAAAUGAAUGAGAUCGGCAGGAGCGGGAGGGAGGAGGGUAGCAGGGACUGGAAGAGCAAAGGAAACAGGAACUACUCGAACAAGGAGUCUUGGACUAAGCAAAAGCAGGCUUGGAACAGCCAGGGGACGAGCGGUAAAUCUGGUAGCAUUCAAGUGCAAGAGCAAAGGGACGCCGCUCCCGAGGAACCUCAGGUGGCUGAAGAUUCGUCUCUCCCAGAAGCUGUUGCGAGCGUCACUCCCGAGCCUCCGGAGGAGUACGCCUAUCCGGACUACCGUGGGAAAGGCUGCGUGGACGAGAGCGGCUUCGUCUAUGCCAUCGGGGAGAAGUUUGCGCCGGGCCCCUCUGCCUGCCCCUGCCUCUGCACAGAAGAGGGCCCGCUGUGCAUACAGCCCGAGUGCCCCAGGCUCCACCCUCGGUGCGUCCAUGUGGACACCACGCAGUGCUGCCCGCAGUGCAAGGAGAGGAAGAACUACUGCGAGUUUCGAGGGAAAACCUACCAGACCCUAGAGGAGUUCAUGGUUUCUCCGUGUGAGAAGUGUCGCUGUGAAGCCAAUGGUGAAGUGCUGUGCACUGUCUCAGCCUGUCCCCAGACGGAGUGCGUGGAUCCAGUGUAUGAGCCCGAUCAGUGCUGUCCUAUCUGCAAAAAUGGCCCGAACUGCUUUGCAGAAACCAUUGUCAUUCCAGCAGGCCGGGAGGUGAAAACUGAUGAAUGCACUAUAUGUCACUGUACUUACGAAGAAGGCACUUGGAGAAUCGAACGGCAAGCUAUGUGCACUAGACAUGAAUGCAAACAGAUAUAGGAAAUCUACAAAUCUAAGUACUUUUCGUGGUUUUUAUAAAAUAUCUCACAGCAGUGAGCACCCUAGAUGACCCAGGGAAAUCCGAAUGAGAAGAUUCUGGUGAGGAGCAAAGAAUAAAAUACUGAUAUUUUGUUUUUCAAAGUAACAUAAUACUGCAAGGCAAAGAAGUGCAUAUAUUUAAAACGUUUGGACAUAAGAAUACCUGUCUUAAUAAAUGUGUUAUUUUCACAGUGAGUACACAAAAAUACACUCUAUAAAAUAUUCUAUGUAUUUCUAUAAUACCAUUAUAAAGCUUAAAAAUAAAUGUUUUAUAUAGACAAUACAGAUUAAAGUACUGUA